UUCAGCUCGCAAAAUGUCGCAAUUUAUAUAAACUGUCAGGUUCAAACGUGACAAUAGUGUUGAGAAUACUUCCAGUUGCAGUAUUUACUAGUGAGGGAAAUUCUCUGCUUCGAUUUUAUGAGAAAAUAAAAGUGGCCUUUACGAGGUUUCAAUGACUUGCAAGAAUACCCUUCGAUUGUCCAAGAUGAAGAAAACUCGAUUUGAAACAUAAAUUGCAGCGAAGAAAUUUAAACCAGUGAUAGUACGUAACCAUCUUCAAAGCCAAAAACCACAGCUAAUACAAAAAAAGAUGCAGUAGCAGUUCUAAACCAACGUAAAACUAAAGUGGGAUAACACAAUGUUAAACAUCAGUGCGGAAGAAGAAGCUUUCUUCAACGCUACAUCCACUGGGAUCGUCAACAAUUCAGCCUUGGAUAUACCACCGUACGAGGAGAGACCGGAGACCUACUACGUUCCCGUCUUGUUUGCAAUCAUCUUCCUAGUCGGUGUUGUGGGAAACGGAACAGUGGUAAUAAUAUUCAUCCGACACAAGAAAAUGAGAAGCGUUCCAAACACUUACAUCUUCAGUCUAGCUAUAGGAGAUCUUCUAGUGAUCAUCAGCUGCGUUCCUUUCACCUCAAUUAUCUACACAGUUCCCAGCUGGCCAUUCGGAGAGAUUGUAUGCAAGUUAUCGGAGACCUCGAAAGACAUAUCAAUUGGAGUUUCUGUCUUCACAUUGACAGCUCUCUCGGCGGAGAGGUUUUUCGCGAUUGUCGACCCGAUUCGUAAACAGCUCUCCUAUCUGGGUGUGAGAGGAGCUACCAGAGUAGCUUUAGCUAUUUGGGGUCUCGCCAUCUUCUUUUCACUACCUGCUGCGUUUGGAGCUUACGUCCGAGAAGUGAGGGAGAACGAUACUUCGAUCGUUAUUUGCUAUCCUUUUCCCGAAGAGUACGGGAUAGGUUACGCAAAGGGAGUCAUCCUAGCGAGGUUCCUCAUCCAUUACACCGUACCACUCAGUAUUAUCGCAUUCUUCUACAUAAUGAUAGCUCGCCACUUGAUAAUCAGCACCAAGAAUAUUCCAGGUGGGCUGCAGCCACACCAAGCAAGACAAAUCAAGGGGAGAAAAAAAGUAGCCAAGACUGUAUUAGCUUUCGUUAUCAUCUUCGCAGUGUGUUUCUUCCCUAACCACGUAUUCUUCCUCUGGUUCUACUGGUUCUCAAAAAACCCCGAGCAGAACUACAACGCGUUCUGGCACCACUUGAGAAUAGUAGGGUUCUGUCUGACGUUCGUCAACUCUUGUAUCAACCCUAUAGCUCUGUACUGCGUGACAGGCACGUUUAGGAAACACUUCGACCGCUACCUAUUCUGCUGCUGGAAGCAUUCCGCGGUCCAUCGUGGACGCUCCAGCCAACGUAGACACACCGGGACUAGGAAGUGGGACUCCACCACCCUCCACCUGCACCACAGCACGGUACGACGUCCAGGCCACACCGCAGAGUGUACUGUCACCACCUUCAUGAACGGCGGAGUCACAGACAACAUGUGACGCCAUGACAGGCGCCGCUGGACACAUUCGCCACAGGAAGAGUCACAGGAGGCGCUCGAUGAAUCGUACUCUACCUUCGCCAUGUUGAACUUCCCUUAGGUUUCUGACGAAGAUCUUCCACCUUUGUAAUGUUCCACCUCAACCUUCACAUGAAAACCCUUAUGACUUAUUUAUUACUCCAAUUGACACUAAGUUCACUGUGAAAGUUCAAAGGAAGGGAGAUAGAGUUGGUACGGACUGGUGAAAACCAUGUAGCAUUGAGGACCCCACUUCCUGGUCAGCUGAAGAAAGAAAAGUAUUGCUAUAUACGAGGGAGAUUCAGACAUGUUUUUUUGGCAGCUAACACCUUUUCGUUUUUUUACUAUCUCCACCUUAAAUCAUUUUUGAAACAAUCAAAACGUAGAUGGUCUCUGCUACCCUUUUGAUAUUGUACCUAUGUUAUUCAAUUAUAGAGCUUGUAAUUAAUUAUUUUCGCUAUGGAAAAAUAUCUUAGGUAGUAACAAAGCUACUCAUAAUAAACUUAUCCCACGUUCACACUUUGGUAAACAUAAGCUCAGAAUUGCCCUCAUCUUAUAAUAUUAAUACUGACGUGUUUAAUCGUAAUAUACAAUUAAUUUUAACACCAAGUUGAGUUAGAACAAUUUAACUGGAUGUUACAUUUAUUAUACAGCCGAGGCCAUCUAGAUUUUAAAUUACUUUUUAAAUAAUACCCCAAAUAUGUGUGGUUGUAUUGUCAAAUGUUUCUGGAUUGUUAAUAUGUUCAUCCCUCAACGUUGGGUGGUAAAUUAUAACUCAUUUAUUACUUGUACCCAAUAUUUAUUGUAAAAGAUCCUGGUAAAAUUGGCUUUAGAUUAUCCUAUGGUUUAAUUAUGUGUCUUCCCUUAGUUGACUAUGCUAUUUCAGAUGAUGACAAAUAAAAUAUGUCACUCAUUACCACAAGCUACUAUUCGGAUAAGUGAAACAUGUUUGAGUUCGUCUCUAUUACGUAAUUGGCAACGGCACAAACUGUCGGUAUCUCAACUCAACUCUGUAAAUUAAUAUUUUAAGACUGGCCACAUACAACUUUCACAUCGCAAUGUGAUGCAUACUUCUAACCAUAGUCUAAGUUUUAACAUCUUCUAUAUUCUAUAUAAUUUAAAAAUAAACUUAAUGGCAGCUGUAUUAAGGUUGCACAACAGUUAAGGAAACUGUACUAAAUGUAUUGAAUACGUUCUAAAAUAUAAAAUACCCCCGCCGCAGCAAACCUGCAGACUAAGCAAAUUUCCAUUUGACUGAUUUGAUUUACACUGAAAUGUCUACUUAAAAAUAUAACAUUUAAUCCCGAUUUAAAAAGAAUUAGUUUAGCAAGUACUUAGGUUUGCUGCAUCUGGGGAUGUAGUAACACUUCGGCCCAGUAACAUUUCGGCCAAACUCAAAUUUCUUAGAAAAACAGUAUCACUUCGUCCCACUCGCUUUUACAGAUGAUUAAAUAAGCUAAUGGAGUAACAUUUCGGCCCGACGAAAAAUUGACAAGGGUUGAGGAACGCAGUUCAGGUAGUAAGAGGUACAUGACCUGUAUACUUUGCAACCACCCUCUGGUGGAAUGUCGCCCAACCGUCACCCCUUGCAUCCUCUGACCUCACAUGACGGAGAAUCGGUGGAAUCUUACCUAACCUAACCUAACCUAACCUAACCUAAAACCUGCUGAAGUAGUGCUAUUACAUGUCCGUAAUAGCUCAAAUAAAAGUAGGCCUACCGUGUUUUAUGUUUUAUUCGUAAUGUAUCUAAGUGUAAUAUCGUUCGUGUACGUGUUUCAAAACUUCAAGACGCACCCAAUGGGGAAGAACAAGGACUUAUAUUAGGACUGAUGAUGGCAGUUUAUUCUGCCGAAAUGCAUCUCCUGUAAUAGGACACAGCACAAGGAUCGACUGGCGGACACAGGUAAUUUAACCUUUUAUUGUAUAACCUAACCUAACCUGUCAAAUAUUUUGUUGGGACGAAGUGUUACUAGUGGGCAGGUAGAGAGUUGGACCGUAGGCCACAUUUGAGGGUUUCGGGCCGAAAUGUUACUGGGCCGAAGUGUU